GGUACUUGAAACAGCGCCACCUAGCGCCUCCACAGGCUGAGCAGAAACUUCAUGUCUAAACAUAGCUGAUAUCAGAGGCUAGGCGAAAUAUGCGUCAAUGGCCGACUCGUCGGUCCAUAAUGGCUGGCUCCCCGGCCCAGAGAGCGACAACCGUUCCCCAACUUGCUCGGAAAGCAUGUCUGCUCUAAGCAGAUCCUCUUCCAUGCAGAGCGCAUCGACGCAUGAUGGCAUCGACCUCAUGGAAGGCGCUUCUGGCCUACCUCUGGCUGAUCUCCUCGAAACCUUUUGGGACUCUCGCGUGGAUCUUCUGGACCGUAAGCUCAAAACUUUGUCCGAAGAGGUCAAGUUUAAAGCAAAGCAGCGGCGAGAUAAACUCGUUCAAAGGGCCAAAGGCCAGAAGGAACUGAAAGCACUACAGAAGGAAGCAGAGAAGUUGCGGCAAGGGGUUGUCGAACGCGUUGAAAAGCUUAGCGAAAGAUGGAGCGACGCCAAGAUGGUCAGGACGAGGGAUAAGGUCUCCUUUGUCAUCGGCGUAAUGAACCUCGUCAUAUCGUCUCUCAUCUUUGCUCUCAGGCCCGAGUGGCUAGCGACGGUAUACACCAUUCAAUGCCUUUACUUCUUGCCGAUACGGAUCUUCACAUAUACACGCAAAAAGUGGCAUUACUUUUUAUUUGACUUUUGUUACUUUUUAAAUGUGGCGAAUUUGGUAUUUAUCUGGUUAAUGCCGCAGUCCAAGUUCCUAUUAACGGUUUGCUACUGCGCCGCGCAUGGUCCUUUGGCAGCGGCAAUUCCAACAUGGAGAAACUCGAUGACUUUUCACUCUCUAGACAAGAUGACUUCGCUCUUUAUCCACCUCUACCCACUUCUGGUCUUUGUCGCUAUCCGCCACUUCAUCCCCCCUGAUAUUGCGUACAAGCAAUAUCCGGCACUCGCUCAGAUGGUGCAUCUGAACAGUUUCAGAACAUUUUUCUUCAAUGUGGGGGUGUACAUUGUUUGGCAAUCACUUUACUACGUUGUAAUGGUUCCAAGGCGGUUUAAGAUCGAAAGUGGUGAACGCACGAACAGCUAUAGCACACUCAGUCAGGGUAAAGGCGCAGUUGCAAACUUGCUAUCGAAAGCAAAGCCGCAGAGACGCGAGCCCGCUUUCAUGCUGCUCCAGUUUGUAUACACCAUUAUUACCACACUGCCCGCACCUCUUCUGUUCUACCGAUCGAAGACGGCUUCUGCAGUGCUGGUUCUAUUUGUGCUGCUCAUGAGCGUGAUUAACGGUGCUUCUUACUAUGUCGAGGUCUGGGGGCGCCGCUUUGAGAAAGAGCUGAUCGCCUUGCGCAAGGAACUUGAGGCUGCGCGUUCCGCCGAUCAAGCCGUGAAAAGCGCAUUGGAAGACAGUUCAGACUUGGGAAAUAAUAUUCCCCCGCCAUCUGACAGUGCAAGCAGUGACGUUACAGUGGUGGAAGCCAAGAAGGAUAAGUAGGCUCCUCUCGUGUCCCUCUUCAGGCCAUGACACUUGGGCCAAUGUUGUAUAGUACCGAUGCAUGACGAACCCAUGUGAAGUGUC